GUUAUAUUUGAUAAGCUACUAACCUGCCUUGCAUUGGCUAACGCAUCCCUGGUGUACUUUUAUUAUUUGUAUUUUCAAGGCACAUUCAAGCAGUUAAUUUGGCUCAAAAACUAAACCUAAUGUCAAACAUCUCCCUUCAAGUUCGUCAGGCCGUGCCUUCGAUCGACCCAAUUGUUGCUGAUUACACUGUUGGCUAUAUCCAGCAUGUGUCUGCCUCCACUGAAGAUAGUGUGGCCUCCCAGCAGGUCAAUAUACCCGAAGAAAUGGACUUUGUGAAAGAUCUUCUUAUGAAUGCAGGAGGUCAACUGGAUAAGAUAGACAAACUCAUUAGCUCAUUGUCAACUACUUUAACUACAAAGCUCCAGGAAAACAUGGCCAAAUUGGAGCUUACGGGUGAUACUUCCAAGAGACUCUUGGACAUCAACGUGUUGCAACAAAACAAUGCCAAGAGAGAUAUCAACUCGUCAUUGGCUUUAUUAAGUGCCAGUAAUGAUAUCGAACAUACUGGUAGAAAGAUGGAAAGUAGAGUUGAUAAGAAGAAGUUGGAGAAACAAGAACGUAAGAUUGCUAAGAAGGUCGCAAAGAGAAACAAUAAGUUUGUCCAAUACGAAGCCUCCAAAUUACUCAAUGAAAGCAAGACUGAAGAUUAUGAUUCCUAUUUCCUUGAGAUUAACCCUCUUGACUUUGGUUCUAGUGCCGGUAAGUCGAAAGAUAUCAAACUUGAAAACUUUGACUUAUAUGUCGGUGAUGGUCAAAGAAUUUUGAGUGAAGCCUCUUUGACUUUAGCAUAUGGUAGAAGAUAUGGUUUGGUUGGUCAAAACGGUAUUGGUAAAUCCACCCUUUUGAGAGCAUUAUCAAGAAGAGAGCUUAAUGUUCCUAAGCAUAUUACUAUUUUACAUGUGGAACAAGAAAUCAGAGGUGAUGACACACCUGCAUUACAAAGUGUGUUGGAUGCCGAUGUGUGGAGAAAGACAUUGAUCAAAGAAGAGCAAAAGAUCAACGAAAGAAUUACAGAAAUAGAGAAAUUGAGAGCAGAGUUUGAAGAAGGUUCUAGUGAGGUGAAAAAAUUGGAUCUUGAAAGAGAGGACUUGGAUACCCAUCUCCAAGAAGUCAAUGAGAAAUUAAACGAAAUGGAAUCUGAUAAGGCUGAAAGUAAGGCUGCUGCCAUCUUGUUUGGUUUAGGUUUCACCAAGGAAACCCAGAACUUACCAACCAAGUCCUUCUCUGGUGGUUGGAGAAUGAGAUUAUCUUUGGCUAGAGCGUUAUUCUGUGAGCCUGACUUGUUAUUGCUUGAUGAACCAUCUAAUAUGUUGGAUGUUCCAUCCAUUACCUACUUAGCAAAGUACUUGCAAACCUACGAAUCUACUGUGUUAGUAGUCUCGCACGACAGAGCGUUCUUGAACGAUAUUGCAACGGACAUCAUCCACCAACACUCGGAGAGAUUGGACUACUACAGGGGUGCUGAUUUCGACUCUUUCUACUCUACAAGAGAAGAAAGAAUCAAGAACCAACGUCGUGAAUAUGAAAAUCAAAUGGCCUACAGAAAGCAUUUGCAAGAAUUUAUUGAUAAGUUCAGAUAUAAUGCAGCCAAGUCUUCUGAAGCUCAAUCCAGAAUUAAGAAGUUGGAGAAGUUGCCUCUUCUCGAAGCACCCGAAGACGACAAGGUGGUCACCUUCAAAUUCCCUGAUCCAGAAAAGCUCAGUCCUCCUAUCUUACGAUUACAAGGUGUCACUUUUGGUUAUACUCCCGACAAGAUUUUGCUUCGGAAUGUUGAUAUGGAUGUGCAAAUGGAUUCUAGAAUUGCAUUCUGUGGUGGUAACGGUACCGGUAAGACCACCUUAUUGAAGCUUAUUUUGGAUCAAUUCCAACCAUUGGACGGUUUGAUCACCAGAAACGGUAGAUUAAGAAUCGGUUACUUUGCCCAACAUCACGUUGACUCCAUGGACUUGACGACUUCUGCUGUUUCCUGGAUGUCCACUGCAUUCCCAGGUAAGUCUGAUGAGGAAUACAGACGCCAUUUGGGUUCCUUUGGUAUUACUGGUACUCUUGGUUUGCAAAAAAUGGAGUUACUUUCUGGUGGUCAAAAGUCCAGAGUUGCAUUUGCCGCCUUAUGUUUAGCGCAACCACAUAUUUUGAUUAUGGAUGAACCUUCCAAUCACUUGGAUACCCAAGGUUUAGAUGCUCUUGCCAACGCAUUGUGUGACUUCAAGGGUGGUAUCUUGAUGGUUUCGCACGAUGUGACCAUUAUCGACAAGGUUUGUAACGAAAUUUGGGUCAGUGAAGAAGGUAGUGUCAAGAGAUUCCCUGGUAAUAUCCACGACUACAAGAAGCACAUCUUGUCUAUUGCCGAUGCUGCUGGUGUUGUCAGAAAGCAUUGAUCAGCUAGUUCUUCGCAUCAUAUAAUUAGGUUAGGUUAAAUAAGAUACUGUACUAAAUGGGAAACCCACGAACCGG